AUGAUUGUGAGAAACAUAACCACAGUGAGUGGCUUCUGCCUCCUGGGGUUCUCUGACAAGAGGGAGCUGCAGAUCCUAUAUGCUUGGCUCUUCUUGCUGAUGUACCUGUUGGGCUUGGCAGGUAACUUCAUCAUCAUCACCAUCACAACGCUGGACCCACAGCUCCAAUGUCCAAUGUAUUACUUCCUUAAACACCUUUCCCUUUUUGACCUCUCCUCCCUGUCUGCCACUGUUCCCCAGUCUAUCCACAAUUCCCUGACUGGCAGUGGAUACAUUUCCUAUGCCCAGUGUGUGCUGCAGGUUUUCUUCUACAUAUCCUUAGGUUGUGCUUAGGUGGCCAUUCUCACGGUGAUGUCCUAUGACCGCUAUGUGGCCAUCUGCCUCCCACUGCACUAUGAGAUCAUCAUGAAUCCCAGAACAUGCAGGUGUUCUGUGACACUUGUGUGGAUAAGUGGACGGAUCUCAGGAUCCUUGUACACAGCAACCACAUUCUCUAUGAGAUUCUGCAGGGCCAAAAUAAUCCACCAGUUCUUCUGUGAUGUCCCACAGUUGCUCAAGCUCUCCUGCUCCAAUGAUUACCUUGGAGUGACUGGAGUGGCUGCUUUCCUGGCUGUGGUGGGAACUGCUUGCUUCACUGCCAUUUGCCUCUCCUACAUCCAGAUAUUCUCCACAGUCCUCAGGAUGCCCUCUGGGGAAGGUCGGUCUAAAGUCUUCUCCACCUGUCUGCCCCACCUCUGUGUGGUCUCAUUUUUUCUGUUCACAGCUGGCAUUGCAUAUCUAAGGCCAACCUCAGGCUCUACAACUUCUCUAGAUCUCAUGCUCUCUAUGUUUUACACAGUAGUUUCCCCAAUACUCAACCCUGUAAUCUACAGUCUGAGGAAUGAGACCAUUAAGUGGGCACUAAGGAAGUUAUUUCUAGGUGGAGAAUUCAUUAAAAAAUGA